AUGAUACAGUACGAUGACGAUCACGUGAAAAUUGUUGUACAGAGGUGGAGAACAGCUCGUGAUGCAUACCGAAGAGAUCGUAAUAAAGUAUAUAAAACCAAAUCUGGACAAGCUGCAAAAGGCAUAAAGAAAUAUGUAUAUUUCGAAAAUUUAAGGUUUCUCGAUAGCGUUUUAGAUAUAAAUAAUACAGAAACAAGCCUUCACAAUAGCAUUGAGGACGAUGAAAUUAGAACUACACAUGAUAAUAGUGACUUAUCAGAAGACGAACCACAUACUCAAGAAAAUAUUGUAGAAGAACCUGAUGCUAAUGCACCUGAAACACGAAAAAGGUUUGAAAGAAAGAAGCGGCGACAGGACGACAUAUUGGGUGAAAAAAUGAUUUCAUUGCUAGAGAAAAGUAAUGAGAAAGCAACGGAAGAAGAAGAUGCUGACAGAUCAUUUUUAAUUUCACUAUUGCCAACUUUAAAAGGUUUUGAUGAGGAUAAGAAGCUGCAGUUUCGCGCGAAGUGCUUCGUAUAA